AUGCGUUAUAUCGUGGUCAUUCUUUACUUGACCUUUACUGCCGCUCUAGCUUCUACUGCUGGCUUAAAAGAAAGUUACCGACACUUUGCUUACUUAGAUGAAAAUGAAAAGUUUCAAAUGUAUUGGACUGCAAAUGAUACUUUGCAAAUGAUUGAUAUCGCUAUUGCAGUUCAGACUACAGGCUGGGUCGGUUUUGGAUUCUCUCCUUAUACCGGUAGAAUGCCAGGCUCAGAUGUAGUCAUUGGUUGGGUUGAUAAUCAAGGAAAAAUCUAUUUACAAGAUAGAUUUGCGACUGGUCAUACCGUUCCGGAAUUAGAUACACAGCAAGACUAUACUUUAUUCGGCGGUGAAGAGACUAAUGGCAUGACUAUACUAAAAUUUAAAAGGAAAUAUGUAACUGGAGAUAGUAAAGAUUUAGCGAUCGAGGAUGGUACAACUAAACUAAUCUGGUCUUAUCAUACUGCUGAUCCAACAGCACCCAAUGUCUUUACCAAGCAUGAAUUUCAAGGGACACGAAGCAUUAAUUUAUUCAAUAGAAUUCCAGAAUUCGAUAAACCACCUUUGCCUAGUGAUGUCCAAUACGUUGAUGUCUUAGCAAAAAAUAUAACAAUUCCAGCUCAGCAUACAGUUUACUGGUGUACUGCUAUCAAAUUGCCAGAACUUAAUAACACUGGUCAUAUCAUUAAGAUCGCACCUAAAUUGGUAAAAGGAAAUGAAGCUCUCGUUCAUCAUAUUUUGAUCUACGAUUGCAUCUUUGAAGAUCAUUUUCAUGGUGCUAGUCAUGAUUGUGACUCACGAAAUAUGCCAUAUGGUUUAAGGCGAUGUCGAGGGGCAACAGUAAUUGGAGCAUGGGCUGUUGGUGGUGAGCCAUUUUCUCUUCCCGCUCAUGUUGGCUUACCCAUUGGAGGAUCAUAUGGUAGCAGAUAUGUUGUUAUGGAAACACAUUAUGACAAUCCUAAUUUGUACUCAGGAAUUAAAGAUUCGUCCGGAAUGAGAUUUUAUUAUACCUCUCAGAAGCGUCAGUAUGAUGCUGGUAUGCUGCAAAUUGGUCAAUCGGUUAAUCCAUUCCAUAUGAUUCCUGAAGGUCAAAAGACUUGGCAAUCAGCUGGAUACUGUCCAAGCUAUUGCACUCAAAGGAAUCUCCCAGCAACCGGUAUCAAUAUCAUAGGAUCAAUAUUGCAUACCCAUCUAGUUGGUAGAUCACUACAAGUUAAACAUCAUCGCCAAAAAAAGGAACUACCUUUCCUAGCUCAUAAUCCUCAUUAUGAUUUCAAUUAUCAAGACAUCAUGUUCUUAAAGAAGGAAAGAAAAGUAUUACCGGGAGAUCAAAUGACUCUGAUAUGCGGCUACGACACUUCUAAUAGAUCCAAAAUCACAGUUGGUGGAAUUAGUACCAGAAACGAAAUGUGCUUGGCAUAUUUCUUGUACUAUCCGAUACAAGAAUUAUCUGCUUGUAUGUCCUACAUUCCCUACGCAUCAUUUCUACCGUUUUUGAAUUCAUUAAGGGCAACUGGUCGAAUACCACCUUAUAAUGACUAUCCCAGCAAGGCACCUUAUGUAUGGAAUGUUCUUGAAAAUGCAACGUUUGGCCAAGGCAAAUACUUAUCCACGUAUCGCAAAUUGGAAAAUGAACUUCCAAUAAACCAUUGGUGUGCAGCUCGGGGUCGAAGGCUGUUGCAAGAGGUAUGUAGUAAAAUGCUGGUUGAACUAGUUAGUGCAAGUUACAAGUAA